AUGGAUUUCGCGAAGCUUAAGGCAACGGCAUUGAGCCAUGGAGACGAUGAGGAAGCAGUGACAGUUAAUACUCGGGCUUUGAUCGACAAAGUCCUCGCUCGAUACUCUGGGGAGUGGACGACACUUAGGGAACUCUUGCAGAAUGCGGCAGAUGCCCAAGCAACAACGGUGUCGAUCAAGUUCGAGACAUUCCCGUCCGCUCAAGUCCCCCUUCUGAAUACCACCAACCAGUCUGAGAUGCUGAAGCAUGUCUUAUUACAUCACACACUACGACGACUGGUCGUCACGAAUAAUGGGCAGGCAUUCGGGGUCAAUGACUGGUCAAGAUUAAAGAGAAUCGCUGAAGGAAACCCAGACGAAACAAAGAUUGGGGCUUUUGGUGUUGGAUUCUACAGUGUAUUUGCAGAUUGUGAGGAGCCAUUCGUGAGCUCGGGGAACGAGGCUAUGGCAUUUUACUGGAAAGGAAACUCUCUGUUUACCAAGAAACUACAAUUGCCGCCGGACCAAGGCAAUCCAAAUACCAGCUUCGUUCUCGAAUAUCGAAACAGCACAACCCCUAUGCCGAAUCUUUUAUCAAUCUGUCAGUUUCUGGCCACAAGUUUGACCUUCGUUGCAUUACAAAAUAUUGAGCUUUGGGUUGAUGAUUGGAAAAUUAUAUUCUUGCAAAAAAAGACAGCGCCAAGUAUUGAAGUUCCUUUAGCUAGAGAUGUCGAAACUAAAACGAAGGAAGGAUUGAUGAAGAUUACGGGACUUGAUAGAGAGAGUGUACAAAUGGACGCCACUUUUAUGAAUGUUGUAGGAUGGAAGCCUUCCAUACCAAAUUCAGUCUCGAAGCCCGGGAGCUAUGAUAGUGGUUAUGGAACUAAUGCGGAUGUACCGUCAUUACGAUCAUUCUUUUCUAGACUCACAUCUUCUUCGAGUCAUUCACAGACGAAGACCAAAGCUAUGAAAGAAGAAAAGGCUUUGCAGGAUGUUGUAUUGGAAGAUUUGACAGCGCAAACCACUGCAAAUGUUUUCUUACGAGUCACUACCGCCCAAGUCAAAACCUAUGUCAGUGCAGGAUUUGCCGCUGAGCUGGAACGUGCUACCAAAAAACCACCACCAAGGACAACAAAACUCGCAAUUUUGACAUCUUCAUACGAUGAAGAAGCUGCUUCCUCAAAGGUCAAUAUGGUUGCGAAGGCUGUAGAUGUGUUUGCUUCUGUACUUCCAGGAAAGAAACCAGGUGGAAGAAUAUUUAUUGGAUUUCCCACCCAUCAAACCACGGGGGGUGGCAUGCAUCUUUCAGCUCCAUCAGUCAUCCCAACUGUUGAACGAGAGUCCAUAGAUUUGAAUGCAAGAUGGGUUGUUACUUGGAACCGAGAAAUGCUUCGAGUUGCUGGUAUCAUGUCAAGACUGGCUUUUUCAAAUGAGAUGGCGGAUCUGUCUGACAAGGUAAAGCGAGCGACUGAAGCCAAUGGUCAUGGUACAAAGAUUACAAAGGAUGAGAUUGCAAAAUUUAUGCCUGAAGCACUUCAUACACUGAAGACGUUUACUUUCGGAGAGUCAACACCCGCUUCGCAAGUAUCUCAACUUAUUGAAGAGGCAUUUUGGACAGCAUACAAGAAACCCUCUAUUGAGAUCUACAGCACCAGAGGUGUUUUACCGACUAACAUAGUCAGACUGGCUACCGAAGAUCUAAGUGGUUUUGUGGAGGGGAUUCCAGUCAUCCCAGAAGAGUUGGCAAAGGUUGAUUUCGUCAACAAACUUCGAGAUUUCGGAAUCAUCACAGAAAUUACGAUUGGCGACGUAAAGCAGGAACUAUCAGCCAAAGCAUUGACGAGAGAGCAACUUAUACAAUUUAUCGGCUGGGCUGGUAAAAAGGCCAGUACUGGGGAAAUCGAUGGCGGAACCAUCCAUUCUUUACUUGACGUCGCAGUUGCAAUGACUGGGGAUGCUAAUGGGCAAGGCGAUGUAAUCGCGCUUGGAAGUAUCAAGAAUUAUAUUAAUGUCAGCAAGAUACCCGCCGAAGUGCCUGUCCCACCAACAACCAUACCGUUUCAGUUUACAAGAGGAUCCAAUCUUCACGAACUACAAGCUCUUGGUUGGGAGGCUCUUGAAUUAUUACCUUGGUUACGCUUCUUGAUUGAAAACAACUACAACAGACCUGCUGAGCAGAGCCUUGUAGCAUCGGUCCCAUUCGCUGCGCACGUUCUUCAAAUAUUGUCAAGAGGUUGGGAUGGGCUUAGUCAAAGUUCAAAAGAGACAAUCGUACAACUUUUGAAAGAUAUCACAAUUGUGCCAACAAAAUUUGGUAUGAAGAAACCGGGGGAGGCAUUCUUUGCGAAUGUCAAACUAUUUGAUGACCUUCCAACUGUGACUUCAUGUCCAGGUGUCAAGGAAAAAUUCUUUGCUGCGAUCGGUGUACGGAAGACUGUUGAUUUGGAAACAAUCUUCAGUCGUCUACUUACACCACAGCAGAACAAGGAAGGCCAAGCUGCAUCUGGAGCUCGGCAUAUGGAGUUGAUCAAGUACCUGGCAUCGGUGAGAGAUGAUAUACCUGCGGAAGAUGUAAAGAGAUUGAAAACGUCGCCCAUGUGUCCUGCUGAGGCUGGCCCACCUGGAAGAGAAUCUACACAGGGAUCCGCAAGGUUAUAUAGAGUCUCAGAACUUUUCGAACCCAAGGAUAGUCUGAGAGAUUUGGGAUUGCCAAUCAUUCAAUGGCCUGGGCCACCUGGGAGUUACAGAACUGGAAGCAUCGAAGGUAGAUUUCUGUCAGCACUCGGCAUUAGAUCGUGCCCAACAGUGCCCGAAUUGAUCGAAAUGAUGGCUUCCGAAGACUACAUACACAGAAAUAAGGCCAUGAAUUAUUUCAUUGCAAAUCAUCAUAUCAACGGCUAUGGCAAUUUCCAUGUUGGUAUCUCAGCCAGACAAUUUCUUCCACUUCAAGGCGACGAAAAGCGUCUUGUCAGCCCUGCUGAAUGCUUCACAAAUGAGAGAUGUUCGGUACUUGGAUUCAGUAUUCUGAACAAGGAACUUCAUAUUCACGCAAACAAGUUUGGUGUCGCAAUGGACCCCCCACUCACGGAAUGUGUCAAUCGCCUCAUUGCAAAACCGCCACAGAACAAGCGAGAUGCUGCAACACUGUUUGGAUACUUCUCCAUACGUCUUGGAGAAUUCGGCCAGAAUAAUGUUGCAAAACUUGCUGAUGCUCGUAUCGUACCGGUCGCAUCUCGUACAGAAACUUCAAAUGGCUUCAUCAAUGAAAAGUCUACCGCUCAGGCGACUACGCAACAACUCACUCCCAAGCAAUGUUACAUUGGCAGCUCCUCAACUUAUGGUGAUAUAUUCGAGUUUGUGGAUUUUGGUGGUGAAGCCAAUAGUUUCCUCAUCAAAUGCGGAUCAAAGAUGGAGCCUACAAUCUUUGAAAUUGCAGCUCUAGCUUGCAAGGAACCCGCACGAUUAUUGGGAAUCAUGCAAAGUCCCGAAAAGUAUCUCGGGCUAUUGAAGAAGCUUGCGGACGAUUUACCAACUCUCAAACGUGACAAACUUCUCUUCAAGCAGAUGAAGGCUUCUAAGUUUCUACUUGGAUCCAUCGAAAUCCCAGGGACCAAGGACAAUCGGAAAUCUGCGCAGCCUCAAAAUGUGGGCCCCAUGGACAAUGAAUUUGAUCCUGAUGAAGAGGAUGCCGAGGAUGCGCCGAUCAAGCAAUGGCAAUUGGCAACACCCGCCAACGUUGUAGUGGUCAGUAGUACAUGCUUCCUCUUCUCUAUCUAUACUAAACUGAUGACAGGUCGAUGAUUAUAUCAGCUACCGUCUUUUCAAAGCAAAUUUGAUGUGUGCUCCUAUGGAUGACAAGCUUGAAGAGUUCUAUCUUGCCUUGGGGUCGUCACCGCUUGGAAGUCUGGUUCAGGAAGACCUCAGACUUGGUUCAGCAAGUGAUAAGCAAGCAUCUGCUGUCAAGCUCCGUGCUCAUGUUCUUGAGCGGUCGAAACUCUUUCUACACGAAUAUGAGAAGCAGAGUAUCAAGCAUGACAGUCGUUGGCUGGAGAAAAAUCUGACCGUUCAAAUGGUCAGCUCGAUAUCUUUGAGAAGAUUACUCCGCGGUCAUACCUUGUCACAUACGGAAAAAAGAUCUGCUGCAUGUACUAAUGAGCGUGGCAAGGGAUGGACCUUGUUCGUCACUGCUGGUAAUUACGAUAUCUACCAAAUCAGUCAUGCAAUUUGCAAGAUGUUACUUGAACGGCCAAAUCAACAGGCCUAUCUAACAUUUGAGACCUUCCUUAAACUUAACUUGUAUGAGUUACGAUCUCGAGGGUAUAACGUCGAACGUAUUCUACGAGCAAAGGCUGCCGAGCAGAGAAUCGCAGAAGAGGAGAGACGAAAACAACUCGAGGCUGAACAGGAGCAAAUCAAGCAGCAGGAAGAGCAAUGGAGAAAUGAGAGUCAAGUCGUACCGCAAACACCUCGCGAGGACCGCCGAAGGCCCAAAGACGUAAUGCCAGGUGCUUUCGGGUCCGAUUCCCCAGACGAUUCCCCAGAACCCCUUCCGAAGGAGAAAUCACGCGGAGGUUUAUUCUCGGGAUUGACAAAACGCCUCGGGCUGGAUAACCGUGGUGCAGAGGCUCAACAACAACUCCAAAACUUCUUGGGCGGUGGUUCAUCUCAUGAUCAUAAGGAACCUGAUGCCCCUCCACCCUAUGACGCUGGCGAUAAAACUGCAAAGAAACCAGGCACCGAGAAAGUAUCGAAUCCAGCUGCCGUGCAACAAAAUCUGAUGAACGCCAUCCAAUCCUCUCGAGCUCAUGAUUCUUCUACUCUGUUCUCUCCUCCCACCACUCAAACCGUCAAGGAAGAAAGAUCAUACUGCGACUCAACCCCAGCCCAAAACAUCACCUUCCUGGCCGAGGCGUCGAAUGGAAUGCGCAUAUUCGUCAGCAAGACCCUUGCCAUCCCCUCAACCGAGUUCCUCACCACCAAUAUCUCCGCGCUCAAUAUAUUCGCCAACCUGCUUCAUGAGAUCGCAGAUAUUUAUAAUGUGACUCGUAAAGCGGUCCACAUCUUCUACGAUGAAUCGGGUGGUACUAUCGCUUUUAACUCUAAUGGAAGUAUCUUCUGUAAUUUCCGCUUCUUUGUGCAGUUGCAUGCGAAGAAGUUGCAGAGUGGUGUUGCGAAGGAAGUGGGCGAGGCGAGGGUCGAGGCGGGAAGUUAUUGGUGGAUUGUUGUGGCGCAUGAAUUGGCGCAUAAUCUUGUGAAGGAACAUAGUUCUGAGCAUAGUUUUUAUACGUAUGUUUCCCUCUCAUUCUUUGUUGCUUCUGAUCCUCGACCGCCUUGAUCAAUACUGACAUUUCUUCAUAGCGAAAUGCUGGUAGCUAACUACUUCCCUAAAAUGAUGACCAAGUCCGCAGGGUACUUGCAAGCUGCUACUGCCGCUGCGACUGCCGCGCCGGCAUCGCUUCCUCCUCCGAAGGAAGAUAGACCUUUGGUGGAUUAUUAGAGGGUCUGUAUAUUGCAGUUGUGUAUAGAAUGGUACUUUCAUCGGUUCGGCGUUCUUUUUAUCUCUUUGAUGUCUUGCAUGCAUGAUGGUAUGAUGAGCGAGCGUUUUCGUUUCUUUUGGUAUUUGCAUUGGGUGGGAUGUUUGUUUAGCGGUUCCUUGAGGUAUGGGUUUCAUGAGAGAUAUGAGAGUAGAGGUUCGAGAGGUCAUAGAAUAGAAUAUAGAUAGACGGGUGUUAAGGGGGAGAAAUGAGGAUGAGGAAUUUCCA